AUGACGGCAGAGGGCGGAGCCUUCCCCCUGGACAAUGGACAAGGCCAAACUGGUGGCGUGUUGCAAUGCCGUUGGUCUCCAUACUCUGAGCACUCCGAUGAAUUCAGAUAUGUCUGCCGACAGCAGGAUCAAACUCUGCUGGGACCCCUGGAUCAGAGGCGGACAUCCCGGGCUCAGAAAGUAAAAGUCCAAGUACUUGCCGUGAAUGAGGAGAAGUCAGUGCCCAUUGCGGCUGCCCACUCUACAGUGGCUCUGAUUGAGGGUGAGAAUGAGCAGGAAGACCCGUGGGACCUACCUGAACUCCAUGACACUGGGGUGAAAUGGUCCGAUUUGGACACAAAAGGAAAAGUUACAAGGGUGGCAAUUACAGCGGGAAAGCUGAUCGCUCUACCUGCUUGCCUCUACGUAUUUGUCUGCUCAUUGGAUCUCCUCAGCUCAGCAUUUCAGCUUGUUGGAGGAAAAGUCGCAGGAGAUAUUUUCCAAGACAAUGCCGUGCUUUCUAAUCCACUGGCCGGCCUGGUCAUCGGAGUGCUGGUUACACUUCUGGUCCAGAGCUCCAGCACCUCCUCCUCCAUAGUGGUCAGCAUGGUCUCAUCAGGAUUGUUAAAGGUGUCCACAGCAGUUCCUGUGAUCAUGGGCACCAACAUUGGGACAUCCGUGACUAACACUGUUGUGGCAAUGACACAGGUUGGUGACAGGAGCAAGUUCCGCAGGGCUUUUGCUGGAGCCACAGUACAUGAUUUCUUCAACUGGCUCUCUGUGCUGGUGCUGCUGCCAUUGGAAGUUGCUACUGGGUACCUGUACAAAGUCACUGGGCUCUUGAUUGAAUCCUUCCACAUACAAUCUGGAGACAAUGCUCCAGAGAUUUUAAGUGUCAUCACAGACCCUCUGACUGAAUCCAUUAUAGUGCUGGAUCAAACAGUUAUCAAUGCAAUAGCUACUGGCAACCCUGAAGCAAAAAAUAUGAGUCUCAUCAAGAUCUGGUGUGACACCUUCAAAAAUACGACCCUGCAGAAUGUGACCGUCGACAGUCCGCUGAAUUGCACAUCUCCAUUGCACUGUUGGACAGACGGGAACCUGACCUGGACCCUGAAGAAUGUAUCAGAAAUCAUAAACAUCAAAAAAUGCACACACCUCUUUGUGAAUACCAACAUGUCUGACCUGGCCGUGGGGUUGAUCCUGUUGGCUGCUUCACUGCUGGUUCUCUGUUCCUGCCUCAUUGUUAUUGUCAAGCUGCUGAACUCCAUGCUAAAGGGCCAAGUGGCCAUGAUCAUCAAGAAGAUCUUAAACACAGACUUCCCAUUCCCCUUCGGAUGGGUGACGGGCUACAUCGCAAUUGUGGUUGGCGCAGGAAUGACCUUCAUCGUUCAGAGCAGCUCAGUGUUCACAUCUGCCAUCACCCCACUUGUCGGAAUCGGGGUCAUUAGUAUUGAGAGAGCAUAUCCUCUGUCACUGGGAUCAAAUAUUGGGACGACAACAACAGCCAUUCUAGCAGCUUUGGCCAGUCCUGGGGAAACACUGGCAAAUUCAUUACAGAUUGCUCUUGUGCAUUUCCUGUUUAACAUCACCGGUAUACUGCUGUGGUACCCAAUCCCCUUCACGCGCCUGCCAAUCCGGAUGGCCAAGGCGCUUGGGGACACGACAGCGCAGUACCGCUGGUUCGCAGGCCUCUACAUCCUCAGCUGCUUCUUCAUCAUCCCGCUCUUCAUCUUCAGCCUGUCGAUGGCCGGCUGGCAGGUGCUGGUCGGCGUGCUCGUGCCCAUCGUGGUGCUCAUCAUCUUCGCCGCCGUGGUCAACGUGCUGCAGAAUCGCCGGCCCCAGUGGCUACCCAGCGGCCUGCGCUCCUGGGACUUCCUACCGCUCUGGAUGCACUCCCUGGAGCCUUGGGACCGCGUUGUCUCCUGUAUGCAAUCACGCUGUUGCUGCUGUUGCAAAUGCUGUCAAGCGUCGGAUGAGGAGGUAGCGGCGAUUGAAGAGAAGGACGGUCACCCGCUGAAGGUGUAUGAAAACCCCGUGAUGAAUGGCAAGGGCGAUGCAGCAGCAGCAAUGCCCCCCUACAUUAUCAAGGCCACAUCUCUGUAA